UGGUGAAAUAAAAAAUCCUUUUUUCUUAAAACAAUAACGGUUAAUUUAGAGCAAUAUGGAUGGCAAUAACUACUCGGCUGUACCACCACCACCUUCUCUUUCAUCCUCUUCCAAAGCCGGUGCACCACUUGAUUUCAAAGAUGCAUUGUCCAAAGCAAGAGCCAUUGCCGAAAAGUUAAAGCAACAAUCUGCUGGUGAAUCUGCUCCUGUUUCAAAUUCUUCAGCAUCUUACUCUUCUUCUGGUACAAAGAGAGGUUAUAAUGAUGACGAUCGCGAAGACUAUCGUUCUUCUUCAUCCACGCGAUCUUAUGGAUCUUAUCAAGAUGAUCGUGACAGCAAGAGAAGCGCUUACGAUGGUGGUUCGUCUCGACCUGCUUAUGGCAAUGGCGAUUCUAGACGAUUCGGUGGUUUGGGUUCCGAAGAACGUAAACCAUAUGGACAAUCUUAUGGUGGCGGAGGACACUCUGAAGAAUAUAUGGUACCCAACCAUAUGGUCGGCUUACUUAUUGGCAAAGGCGGUGAAAAUCUCAAAAAGAUCGAGCGCAUGUCAGGUGUUUCCAAAGUUCAAUUUUCUAAUGAUCCUAUCGGUAACGAAAGACAAGUCAAUUUAACCGGUGAACCAGAUCAAGUCAACAUUGCUCGCGAUAUGAUUAGACAGAUGGUUGAGGAUGCCCAAAAUAAUGAUGCUAACCGUUUCACAGGUGCUGGAGGUGGAGGUGGAGGCGGACGUUCGGAUUAUCAGGGUGGCGGAGGGAAUUCUGGACAAGGUGGACACUCUACCACUAUUAAGAUUCCUGUUGCUAAAGUUGGGCUGGUUAUUGGUCGUGGGGGUGAAACCAUUCGUGAUUUUGAGGAACGUAGUAAAGCAAAGAUAUUGAUUGCUUCAGAUGGUUCUGGUGAUGUAAAUAAUGAAAGAAUUAUUAACAUUGUGGGUGAUGAGGCUGCUGUUCAACACGCUAAAACCCUUGUGGAAGAUAUUGUCUUCGGAUCCAAUAACGUUAUGCCUAAUCGAAAUUGGGGCAAUCAGGCACUUCAGCAGCCUUAUGGAAAUGGAAAUGGGGGUGGAAGUUAUGAUCAAACACCUGGGUACCCCCCUAACAACUCUUACGGUGUCAAUCGUAUGGGAAGACCUGAUGAUGAACGCAUUUUUGUUACUGUUCCCGCAUCUUCAGUAGGUCUUAUUAUCGGAAGAGGUGGUGAGACAGUAAGAGCUUUACAAGAACAAUCCGGCGCACGUGUUAAAAUCGAUCCUACAAAUGAUCCCAAUUCUGAAGAGCGUACUGUCAACAUCUCGGGUGACCCCAAAUGUGUAGCUAUUGCUAAACAACUUGUAGAGGAUAAGGUUUCAGAAGCCAGUCGUAGUGGAGGAGGAAGAUAUAAAGGUUAUAAUAACAACGACAGUUACAGUAGAGGGGGAUAUAAAUCCCAAGGUCAGGACUAUGGUCAGCAAUCAGGAUACCAACAUGGUGGAAACGAUGGAGGAUAUGACUACUCUCAACAACAACAGCAGCAGCAGCAACAGUAUAGUCAAUAUUACGCACAAUACGGUUAUGAUCAAAGUCAAUUUAGUCAAGCCGGACAAGACGGAUCUAAUAAUGAUGGUCGGUUUUGGUUUCAUCACAUAAUUAAGGACCACAGCGCUAAUAUUUUGAUAUUUAUAUAUAGGCUACCAACAAUAUCCAGGAUACCAAUAUUCUAAUUACAGUGAGCAAACAGCAGGAGGUGAUCAACAGUCAGGUGAAUCUUCCGCUCCACCCCAUAACAGUGAUAGAAAAUCUUC